AUGAAUAUUGUAGCAGAGUCGCACAGAACGCAGACUCCACCUGAAUUCAACAAUCGCUUAGCCGAUAGGACUAAUCUAAAUGAAAGAAGGCCCGGCAGGCCGGUUUUGGGGCCCGCACAACACAGCUCGCGAUACUCUAAAGUAUGUGCUCGCUGUGAUAAAGUGAUUGCGCGCGGUUCUCUCAAAGCGCUAGGACGAUAUUAUCAUGAGGACUGCUUUGUGUGCUACGACUGCGGCAAAGUAUGCAAACCUAAGUACUUUCCAUUCGAAGACCCGGCGUCGAAGCAGCUUAUUCCGCUAUGUCAACAAGACUAUUUCAAGAGAAACAAUCUAUUGUGCUUCGUAUGUGGAAAAGCACUUAGAGGUGUCUAUUACAAUGCUUUUGGCAAACUUUAUGACGAGGAACAUUUCUGCUGCAAGAUCUGCAAAGAAAAAUGCGGUGUAAAUACUUGUUUCAACUACAAAGACGACCUCUACUGCAAAUACCAUUUCCUCAAAUACUUUUCGAAUCGUUGCAAGGGCUGUAAUUAUCCAAUCUCGGACCAAUAUAUCGAGUUUCCUCGAGGCGAAGAAGUCCACCGUUGGCAUCCGGAAUGUUAUGGAGUUCACAAGUAUUGGCAUGUCAACUUGCCACCAGAGGCUGUUGGGCUGCCUCAAAUAGAUACUGCAGACCUCGAUGAUAUACAGCGAUCAGAAGGGACAGGCCUUAACCGCAGCGAUUUGGAAAGGUACGUGGUUUCCUUCAGCAAGUUAGUCUCUAAAACAUGGUCUGUGCUCUACCGGUUUGAGGAAGAGACGGCUGUUUGCAUAUCUGACAUGUUUCAGUAUUUGACAAGCUUCGAUCAACUCAAAGGGCUUAACUCUACCGCCCUUUUUGUUCUUAAAGUCGAGUGUCUUUUCAAAGCGCUUGAUUCUUUGGAUUCACUUUUCAUAUACAAUUCAUUCCAGAAAAUGACGCUCAAUGAUGUAAAGGUAACUGAGAAUGGAUCAAGAGAUAGCAAUUCUGUCGAAGCCAAUGCUGAAUCUAGUGACAUGAAAUACGCCAAGUUUCCAAGAAAUCUUUCAACAAAAAUCAUGAUUUAUUUGCAGCUUCUUCGAAAGUUAAGUUCAGCAUCCAGAGAAAAAGAUGUGAGCGUAUCGUCUCUCAUGUCAGUCAUAACAGGUGUUGCUCAUUUUCUGAAGUUACUCGUGCGCCACGGCCUUCAAACGGCACUCGAUCGUAAUAAAACGGCACAUUCGGCAAACGCCUUGGUCAAAUUUUUACGAGAAAUUGAAAAAAACGAACACAUUGAGGGAGACCCUUUCGACUUUGUUGAUGUAACAAUAGAUGCAACUGAUUGUUGCGCGUCUUGUGGCAAAUACAUCCAGGAAGACUGCAUACAAUUCAAAAAUCUUCGGUGGCAUCGAUCAUGUUUUAACUGUUCUAUAUGUCAGAAACAUAUCGGUUCUUAUGGAGUUGCCGAUGCAGCUUUUAAUGCAGAAAGCAAGUCAGUCCUCUGCGCUCAAUGUGCUGUUGGAGACCCAGACUCUACCUCAGGAUUUAAGUCAGUAUCAAAGCUAGCGCAGCUCAUUUUUCUGCUUAAAAUUGCACUAAUAAGAUCAAAAGCCGUCAUGGAAAUACAACUGAAAAACAGAGAAGCUCUACAGCGGUCAAACAGUGUCAAAGAAUCAAUUUCAAUGCAACAGACUUACAUUAGAACAUUAAAUGAUAUCAAGAGAUUGAAGUCCAGAAGGCAAAGCAUUCCGCUGACUACUACUAAUCAACAGGAGGCACGCAGGUCGCGCAUUCUUGAAACAUCAGAAAUAGAUAUGGGAAAAUCCACUCCACUGGAGGACAAAUGUUUGGUAAUUCAAACAGAUAAGAGCCUGGUCUCGGAGCCCGAAAAUCAAAAUAUGUUCAACAGCACAAAGACUCUGACACUGGAUGAUAUUUCACGUAUUGUUGCUGCUGAGCAGGCUAGAGAAUUAAGGCCGAACGCUUUUACUCACUUCAAGAAACUCAAAGACAUUGACGAUGACGUAGUCAACCUUGCCAACAAAAAGAGCGGAAUCUACUACUCGGAACUCCAAUUUGAAGAACUUUACCUCGUGAAGUUGAUUGCUCUUUCCCUACUUUCGUCAGGACCAGAUGCUCUAAUUAAAGACGAUGCGGUUAUAGAAAAACUCAUACCCGUACCGCCUCCAAAAAACCAGAAGAACGGACCAAAUUUUUGGGCCAAGAUGAAGGUUAUUAUGACAAAAGAUGGCAAAAAACCAACUAACAGAAAGGUCUUUGGAUCUGACCUGGACCUUCUGACCUUUCAAUGGGGUGUUGACUCAGAUCUGGGUAUUGGCCCGUCAAAAAUAAAAAUACCAAUCAUCGUAGAUGAGCUGAUAUCAUCUUUGCGGCAGUUGGAUAUGUCAGUAGAGGGUGUUUUUCGGAAGAAUGGUAAUAUUCGCAAACUUCGAGAGUUGUCAAAAGCAAUAGAUGACAGCCCUUCAGAAGUUCCAGAUUUAUCCAAAGAAAAUGCUGUGCAGCUUUCAGCUCUGCUCAAGAAAUUUCUCAGGGAGAUGCCAGAUCCUGUGUUGACAUCUCAGUUGUAUGAUUUGUGGAUUCAGGUGGCAAAGGUCGAGUCCGAUUUAGAAAGGCACAAGUAUUUUGGACUUCUGUAUGCUUCCCUACCAACCUUCAACAGAAAUGUUGCUGAGGUGUUGUUUUCAUUCUUACACUGGACUUCUUCGUUCUCACAUAUUGAUUCACAAAUGGGAUCAAAAAUGGACAUUCAUAAUCUGUCAACUGUCAUCGCACCAAAUAUUCUUUAUCAACAGGGAACUACCUCGAAUCAAACCACAGUUCAUGGUGGUGCAAUUCACAACACAUACAACGACGCAUUUGCUCAAAACGAGGGUGAGAAUUAUUUCCUUGCAAUUGAAGUAAUAGACUAUCUUAUCAAUCAUAAUGAGGACCUCUCGGUGUUACCCAAGUAUAUGGUUAAUUUACUGCAGGAAUUGAAAGAGAAACGCCUAAUCAGCUUUGAGAGUGUGAAAAACUUCAUUGACUCCCAAUUGAAGGCCAACAAUCUCAAUUAUUCAGAGUACGACAUGAUUAAACCUGUUAACAUGAAGAAGUCUGCUUCUGUUGCAAAGCUAGAGGUCAAAGGAAAUGAGGCGUCGUAG